ACAUAUACUACUACUACAUGUAAUAUUCGGCGGCGAGCGGUUCUCUUUUCUUCUCUUUUUUUGCGAAAGAAGAGUUCAGCAGAGUCUGCACUAUAGCUAUAUAUUUGUGUACAGUACGCGCACAUAUACACCGACGGUACGUCGCACCAAUACACACGUAGGCCAGAGUAUAGUGUUGUACAGCUACGACGACGACGACGACACGACGGUAUUAUAGAGGACGAAUCAGUGCAAGUUAGCUCGAGACACAAACAAAGAUCUACGCAGUUUUCAAGAUCGGCAUAGAGUGUGCGAGAGACAUCGUUAUCCGUGCGAAAAAGAAGGAUUAUUUGUUUACGACGUUUUACGAGUUUUGCGCGUCUAUACACACAAACAUCCGAGAGAGAAGUGAUUCCAGAAUUUCGAGGCUCGCGUUUUAGUCUAGUUCGUGAUAAUAAUAAUAUAUAUAUAUCACACGGCUCAGUUUUUCUGUGUGCGUGCGCCGUUGUUAAUUAAAUUGAUUUAAAAAAAAAAAAACAGUACAUUUAUGCACGCUUUGUGUGCGAGAUCGUUCGGUGCUCGACUCUGUUAUUGUACACUGGUUAAAAUGUCCGCGUCUAUGAUGGAUUGUCAUCGGCAGUAGCGUUACGCCAAUCGCGUGUUUUUGUGUGCAUCAAACGAAUAUAUAUACACGAAAAAAGUAGUAGUGGUGUCGUCAGCCAGUGUGUGUACAAGUAUAGGCGCUUCCGACUCCAAAAAAAGAAGAAAAAUAAAUAAGUGCGUGCGUGCGUGACCGUUCUCUCGGUACUUUUAUUUUUUUGCGUGCGCGCCAUCGAGUGCAAAGAAAGCAAAAAAAAAACAAAGCAAAAAAAAACGUCACCGACGUUUAUAAAUCGAAGACAAAAGAGAAAAAUAAAACGCUCGCUCCCAACGAGAGAACUCCGUACUUGUUGGUGAUAAAAAAAAAGAAAAAGGAAUCGUGCAGGAGUGAGACGCUCGCUCUUGUCAUUUCGGCGAAGUUGAUACAACGCGAUAAUAAUAACAAUAACAACCCGCGAGUGUCGAGUUGUGCGCUCGCGAGUACUAUAACAAGUAGUGGGCCGCGGUCUUUGUGCGUUUUUCAAAACAAUCGUCUCUUAUCGGCCUGUUUUUGUACUUUUAUUAUUGUUAUUUGGGCUGUCGAGCGACGCUCGUAUAAAUCGCUUUCUAAUUUCCGAGACUCCGCUCCGCUCUGUGUGCGUGUAUACAUCGACGCUUCAGUCGUAUACCCACACAAACACACACAUACAUACUUAUACACGUUCCUGCAUAGGUGUUUUUCUUUGUCAGUGUAGUGCAGAUAUAUAACUACUGCUGCGAUCUGCGCAUUUUGUGUAUAUUACACACACACACACGCACACACCCAUAAAAGUACUUGAUAUACUUGGUGUGUGCGCUCGUUCCCACUGACGUAUCCCACCAACUCUUCUUUCUCUCUUCGUUUCUGCACACUCGCAGCACUGCUACGUGUGUUUGUGUCUGUGUUUACUCCUGUGUGGUGUCAAAGAACUGUUGUUUCUCUCUCUCUCUCUCGGCUCGCUUGCAGAGCAGCAGCACGACGAUAUAUAGUACAGCGAAAAAGCCAGCUUUUCAAGAGCAAAUUCGAGACGCAUCGGCCCAGUUUGGCAACAAUAAUAUAAACACUACAUAGUGUCAAACGUCGGCGUUAUACAUAUAUAUAUAUAUAAUCCGACGCACGUAAUUCCCCCCGAGAAGGUGGCCUGAAAUAUUUUCGGAGCAUCAGCCUUGUUCUCUCUUCUAUCUCGCUUCCUCUCUCUUUGUGCGAACACGAGAGAUUUUUGAUUUCGGCCUUCGCGCGCGCGACGCAAUCAGCAGCAGCAGCCACACACCUACCUACCUUGUCAAAGCCAGUUGUCAUCGUCGUUUAUAUAUAAUAUUUUGCUUUUGCUCGAUCUUCGCGUGCGUCUCCGUCCACUCGUAGCCCACUUUUAAAAUCACCGAGUGUGUAAUGUACCCCAAGCCGUCGGCAAGAAUAAGCACGUCGUCGAUCAAUUUCGUUCACUCGAUAAGAAAAGGCAUUUUCAUACAGAAAAGAAAAAUGUUCAGAGAUCUAAAGGGCUUACGAAGUCCAAGUACGAAUUACCUUCUUCGUCGCUACUGAAUCGCCCGCGCGGGGAUCAGCAUCGGGGCCAAUUCAGCCUCCGAUCGUCACGAGGACAAAAAGAAUUUCAUACGGAAAAAAAAGUAAAUAAACAAACAAAUCCGAUAUCGCCUCUGCGAAUUGAAUUUCGAGGCAUAGAAGAUUUCAUUCGCUCGUUGGGAUAACGCGAGAGUUAGCGCGGGCUACAUUGACAGUUUUUUCGAAUCGUAUCGCCGUUCUCUUUUUCGCCAAUCCGCGGCUGUAUACAAAAUAGAACAGGGAGAGAUUGUUAUGUGAUCGUAAAUCGAACGCACCCACACGACCGAGCGCAGUUUGAAAAUAUAUAAUACAACCGAAAAAAGAGAUCGCAAGAAGAUAAGAACUCAAAAGUACACUCGAGAAACGUUUAUUUAUUAAUAUUACUUUUACAUCGAGAUCGAGUUGAAUUAAUAAAGAAAAAAAAAAGAAGUAAUCAUGAAGCUGCUAGAAAGUACGCGCUUCGAGGCGAUCAAUAACGCAUUGUCCGUCACCACCGGCGAAUGCAAAAUCAUCGGAAGCAUCGAGAGCUACUCGUGCAAAAUGGCAGGAGACGAUAAGCAACUUUACAAACGAUUCAACGCGGAGCAAGGUACAUCUCCGAAGGGACUCCAGGCGUUAUCCCCACCUCAAGCUGCUUUUGGUACAUCUCCUGGCUGUUUAUAUGGCCAAAGUACAUCGGGAGAUGAAGAUGGACCUCUAUGUGAUACUAUCAGCAGAAAAACUUUGUUUUACCUGAUAGCAACUCUUAAUUCUGCUUUUGGUCCAGAUUACGACUUUGCCAAUGCUAAGAGUCACGAAUUUAGUAAAGAGCCAAGCUUACAAUGGGUCACCAAUGCCAUUGACAGUAAUUUGAGCGCAACUGCUGGUGAUCACUAUCGAACCAUUAGAAACGCUCUUUGGCAAGCUAUUGAUGAUGAAAUAUCAAUGGCAGAAUGUGAUAUUUAUAGUUAUAAUCCUGAUUUACAAUCAGAUCCUUACGGAGAAGAUGGAUGCAUAUGGUCAUUCAAUUAUUUUUUUUAUAAUAAAAAAAUGAAGAGAAUUGUAUUUUUCACGUGCCGAUCAAUCAAUCCACUCUAUGCUCAUAUGGAUUCUGGAUAUGGAAGUUAUUUCUUCCAGGAAGAAGAGUAUGAUGAAUAAACUUUACUCACUUGCAGAUGAUCUAAUUCUCUCAAAUGUUCAUGAUUUAUCAAUACGAUGGAAAAACAUCAACGAAAAAAUUUCUUUUUUUUGAAUCAUUGUAUGUAUUUGAAAAGUAUACUUCAUGAAUAAGUAUCAAUAGAAAAAUUAUAAUGUCAAAACAAUCAACCAAUUUCAAAUUUUGAUGUUGAUCAUAAAAAACGUCCAUUGAGAUUGAAUACUUAAUGCAUCUCUGUUACGCAGAUCAAAAAUUAUCUCUACAAGUAUUCAUUAACCUAUUUAAGUAAUAGUUAUAGAACAGUUUUUCCAAGUUUGGUACCUGAUCUCAAAAUUAUUAUGAAUAGAUUUUUGAUAAAAAUAUUUAAUUAAAGUUCUGCGAUAUACUUUCGAUUUUGAAUUAUUAAUAAGACUACAUUAUAUUACAAAUAUAAGUAGAUACACGUUUUUCAAGAGGUGAGGCCUUACAUGCAUUACUAUGCUAUAAAACGAAACAAAUUUGAUCAACAUGAAACACAAUUUUAUGUUUUUUUUUUUAACAGAUUACACUAACUAUCGGUUAAAUUUUAAAAUACAGUGAAUUUUCAUUAAUUUAAUUAUAGUAGAAGAUUCAUUACUUAAAAAAAGAUUAUAUUUAUGUAGAAUACAUUAGGUAUGCAAUAGAACCAGUGAUAUAAAUGAACAAUUGCAUAAUUAUAGCAUGAUCACUACGCAGAACGUCUAUAUGUAUCAAACCUAUAAUGUUUGUAGGCAAAAUAAAAUGAUCUUGAAAAAUGAAACAAAAA